AUGGGUUCUGGAGACAGUUUGAGGAAAACUGCUGCGCUAAUAGGAAUCUUUGUGAUUUUGAAGGUGCAGGCUGUUCCGACACCUUCCGGUGAUGAUGCAGAUGCAGGGGAACUGAGAGACGACAUACUUGAGAUCAACAGAGGGCUGAACCAUCUGUUCGAGGGGGACAUCGCUGGUAAUCCCAGCAGAAAUGCAAUCGUCGAUCAAACAAGAAGAUGGAAGUUCCCUAUCUCAUAUAUCCUGACUGAUUCUUUAGAUCUGAAUGCUAAAGGUGUGAUCCUCCAGGCUAUUGAGGAGUACCGCUUGAGAUCCUGUGUGGACUUCAAGCCCUAUGAAGGAGAGUCCAGCUUCAUCUCCUUCGCGAAGUUAUCCGGAUGCUGGUCGUACGUUGGAGACGACGGCGUAGGUCAGGAUUUGUCCAUUGGGGCCGGAUGUGACACUAAGGCCGUCGUGGAGCAUGAGCUCCUCCACGCUCUGGGCUUCUACCACGAGCAGUCUCGUUCAGACAGAGACGACUACGUUAACAUCUGGUGGGACCAGAUUGAAGAAGGAAAGCAGCACAAUUUCGACAAGUACGAGGAUGACUUCAUCACUGAUAUGAACACACCAUAUGAUUAUGAGUCCAUCAUGCACUACAGACCGCUGUCCUUCAACAAGAACGAGAGCAUCCCCACAAUCACCACCACCAUCCCGUACUUUAAUGAUAUCAUUGGUCAGCGGCUGGACUUCAGUGCUGUGGACAUCACCAGGCUCAACCGCAUGUAUGACUGUGCCAACACACUGACUCUCCUGGACCAGUGCUCCUUUGAGCUGAUCAACAUCUGUGGAAUGAUCCAAAACGAGGACGACAACGCAGACUGGGUUCAGACGCUGAGCAGUCCGGUGGAUACGGACCAUACACUCGGAGGGCGCUGCAGAGAUUCUGGCUACUUCAUGAAGUUCGACACAUCUUCCGGUACUGCUGGCAGCAGUGCUUUGCUGGAGUCCCGUAUUCUCUACCCCAAAAGAGACGAACAGUGCCUGCAGUUCUUCUAUAAGAUGACUGGCGCUGCUGGUGAUAAACUGGUGAUCUGGAUCAGGACUGACGAUGGGACUGGGGCAGUACGCAAUCCCAAGAAGAUCCACACCAUUACUGGUGAUGGAGAUGAUGCCUGGAAAAUAGCCCACAUGACUCUCAAGGUGACAGAGAAGUUCCGCUAUUUCUUCCAAGGCAUCAGAGGAUCGGCUAGCUCUUCGGGCGCCAUCUUGGUUGAUGACAUAACUCUCACGGAGGCCGUCUGCCCCGCUGCUGUGUGGCAAAUCCACAACUUCACCCAACUCCUUGCCACAACUCCUGCUGGCAACAAGCUCACUAGUGACUGCUUCUACAACUCAGAGGGCUACCGCUUUGGCAUCAGUGUUUUCCCCAACGGAAGAGACAGCGCCUACCCAGACUACGUAGCCAUGACGUUCCACCUUUGCAGCGGGGAGAAUGAUGCAGUGAUGCAGUGGCCGGCUGAAAACAGACAGGCCACUAUUGUUGCCAUGGACCAGGAUCCGGAUGUGAAACUAAGGAUGUCGUCCACAAGAAGCUUCACCACAGACACUAACCCCCUUUGGAACAAGCCAACAGCCACAUCUGGAGCACUGUGGGAUGAAAACUGUCAGUGUUACCGCACUCGAGACUACGGCUGGAGCACCUUCAUUUCCCACCAACACCUGCAGAGGCGGAGCUUCCUGAAGGACGAUGACCUCAUCAUUACUGCUGACUUCAACGAUUUGACCCACCUGAUCAAGACUGAGGUGCCCGUCCAGCCAUCUACAACAAGCAAAGCCGUCCCAGAAGAGGAGCCAGUCAUCGAGGAGAAAAUUAAACCACAGGCUCCAAAACACAGAGAAGCUCGAGCUGCCGACCCCUGCUACCCGAACCCGUGUUUUAACGGAGGCGUGUGUGUGGAGAGUAACGGGGAAGCCUCCUGUAGGUGUGCAACAAGCCAGGCCACCUUCUACUCUGGAAAGAGGUGUGAGGACCUGAAGGUAGACAGAAGCAUUCUGGGAGCUCUGAUCGGAGGCGCAGCAGGAUUUGUGUUCCUGGCGUUGGCCAUUUUCACCGUCAUCAGGAGAGGGCAGUGAAAAACCAUUUUAGAGGACUAAUGUGUCCUCUGCGUUCAUUCAGCAGUGAAAUCACAGUAAAACAUAGCUCCAGUACUGGAGAGGAGUAUUAGUGUUCAUUGAAGAUAGAUUGGAUAAUAAACAUAACAUGGGCGUCCUCAGGUGUAAAGAUUAAUAUUGUGUUAUAUAUAUAUUUUUUUAAAUCCCUCUGAAUUCAUAAAAAUAAAAAAUGUGAUCAAUAAGUCGUACAAGUUGUAAAUUUACCAGGAAGAAAACUGUCCAACAGCCACAGAUUUCCUUGAUUAUAAUCAAAACUACUGUCAGACUUCAGGUUCUCAAAGAAUGUAGCAGCUCUGGUUGUGUGUAAUCUGCUAAAUGUUUUCUAUGCUGUAAAAUGUAAGGUGAGAACUAAAUUUCUCAGUAAUAAAA